AUGUUAAACAAAGACCUGCCUACGAACGCCCACCAGCUGGUAUCUGGCAAGCUGCAUGUCAUCCUCACCCGUGUGCACGACUGGAGAAGCGUGAUGGUUUCGGAGUUUGCCUCGCGGGAGGACCUCAUUCAGGCCCUGAUAUGCAGCUGCUUCGUCCCUCUGUGUUUUGGAUUUUUACCUCCUAGAUACCAUGGGGUGCGUUACAUUGAUGGGGAAUUCAGCAUGUGGCAGGCUAACUUUGUGUCCCGGGCCACGAUCACCGUGUCUGCUUUCACCGGCGAAUACGACAUCUGUCCCAAAGAUGGCCCAGCUGCCUUCUUUGCUCUCCAGCUCUCUGACUGUAUUUUACAUAUAUCAAAAAGAAAUGUCUGCCGCUUGCAUUACGUUCUUCGGCUUCCCACAUGUCAAGUUCUGGAGCAGUUUUAUACCCAUGGCUACCAGGAUGCAGCUUCCUUCUUAAAAAGACUGAGUGAAUUUGGUAUAAAUUACCUUGAUGAGGACUUUAUGCUUUCAUUGGCCAAUGAAUCAUGUCAGAAAGGUGAAGGGACUCUGCACCAGAAGCCAGAAACAAGAGUACUUCGCUCCAGAAUCACAGAACCUGAGGAUGUCACCGAAGAGAAGCCAGGAACCAUCCAGGCAGCAGAUGAAGUGGAAGAGGAAGCCCCACGCCACCUUCUCCACCAUCAGAAAGGGCCAUGCCAGCCAUAGAAGAGCAUUUUUGACCCCACUGCUGCCUUUGGCCCCACUUCAUGUUUCGAAGAGAGAAAGAGCAACUUGCAACCCAGCCUGCAGACAGACACCAAGCUGUAUUGAAGAGCACACCAUGGCAGCAACAUCACCAGCACAGGCAGAGCCACAACCCCCCUCCUAUUCCCCCAGACCCCAGGUGAUCUGCAUGACCCACCUUGAUUCCCAUGACCCACCUUUAAAGGAGGCAUUUCAGGCUGAAGGCAGGAUCUAUCGCAGCUGGUUUGAAUUGCGUGCAGCUGGGUUUCCCAGCUUGCUUCCCUAGGGGGGAAACAAGGUCCUCGAGAGCCAA